AUGGUCCCUCCGCAAAGAACGGGAUCAUUUUCUCCAAAUCCAGCUCAGACUCUCCAAACUGGAAGUAAUCAUUCUCCCCACCCAUCGCACGCUGGUGUCCUCAGUGCUGGCGCAAGCCCCAGCACUAGCAGUCCGACAGGGCCCAACUCUGUGGCGAAGAUCGUUGUCGCACAAGUCUACCUUUUACUAAGUACUAUCAAGGAAGAAAGGGAGGAUACAGCCAAGUGGGAUUCCAAGGGCGCUCAGCUACAAAAGCUCAUCGAUGAGAACGGAAUGGAGGUUUUUUCGAAAUACUUCACCCGGCUAGUUGCCGGAAAUGCCUCCCAGAUAUUUCCCAGCCUCAAUCGGCCGGUCACAGGUUCUGGCAAUUAUCAUAUCCUUGUAGCCGAAAUGCGAAAGAUUGCACACGAGCCAGAUCAGGCCAGGAAAAUAGCCGAGUCAGUCGAGGGUGGAACGGAGGACAUCUUCCGGGAUUUUGAUCUCUCGACAUUUAUGGAUAACUUCAAGCUUGAUGCUUUAGAGAAGACGCUCCUGGCCUUGGCCUUCAAAAUUGGACCGCGUUCGGACCUGAAAACUAAAGCUGAUGCCAUUUUGUCUACGAACUUUUCUACAUUUCUGGAUAUCAUUUCGCGUCCUGACGUCGAAGCGCACGCGGACCUAUCUCCAGCCUUCGUAGCUCUCGUGGUCGACCGAUUUAUACAAUACCACCCCCCCAGUUUUAACGCCUCCUCUCGACGUGAUUUACAGAUUUACGUAACCAAGCGAUAUCUCAGUGUCGACCAGGCCCCUCCAUCUGAAGUUUUAGCUGCGCUAGACAUCGGUCGAGUUUUAGCUGAUCGACCUGCGAAUGCCCUGGCAAGAUACAUUCAAAAGACUGGUUCUGAGUUCACUAGGGAUGAAGAGGCUUGUCUUUUGUAUUUACAAAGUCGACCUAAUAACAUCCAGCUUAAUUCCGAACAAGUCUCCGCCGCUCUCACAUAUGCCACAAUUAGCCAGUCACCCCAACACGACCCUACUGUUCUCGUUUCUGCGCUUCAACGAGUGCUUCCAAAAUCCUUUGAUUGGAAUGAGACGGUCUUGUUCUUCGAUCAGCCGUCCGCACGAAUUUCGUCUUCCCAGUUCCUUCGGCUUUAUACUGCAUUGCUACCAAUUGCAAAGGAAUCGAAAUACAACUUUGAUAUUCAGAGACUUUGGGGAGGGUCUUGGAGUGAACCAGAAGCUCAGCUAUCUUUUGUUAGUGCGUACGCAUCUUUGGCACCAAAUCAACUGGAUGCGACAACCAUUCCUGGCUUGAAGAGAAGUAUUUCGAUCGAGGAUUAUGUCAAUUCUCCGGCAAACGUGAGAGAGAGAGCUGCUGCUGCAGUCAAGCACCCAUUAGUGUCUGUCGCUGCUCUUUCCGCAAUUUUCAACGUUGCAUUAAACUCUGUCCACGCCUCACAGAGCGUCGAGGCCAAGAGGUUAUUUCAGGAAGUCGUCGUCCCGAAUCUGGACAUCUUCUUGGUGUCUGCUCUUGAGGUUCCACGAGACACUUGGGCCCCAAUGGCCGUGGAUACCUUAACUUCCCUGUUCGAAAACUUUUUAUACAAACGCUCCCCUGAGUAUGAUUUUGUUUUGGACAGCCUGUGGAGGAAGGACAAAGAUUGGGUGAUUCAACGGUUGAUUGACGCUCAUGCAGUUAAACCCGUGGAUCUUCCGCUCAUCUUUGAACACGCAUUACGGCAUAACUGGCUCGAUGUACUGGUCUACCUUCCAAACGGCUUUGGCAUCGACCUGGCUGCUUUAGCUCAUACCAAGGGCUACUUGGACUUGAGCAACUGGGCAAGCAUUAACGCAGAGAGAAGCGCGGAAAUGUCCCGGACACUUUUGCAGUUUCUCUUAAUCAAGGCAGAAUUGGAGAUCCGUUACCAACGGCCACCUGACGGCCAACUGCCAGCGAAAUCAAGUACCAGCCUCCAAGUUCGUACAGUGUCGGCUCUAUUACAGAUUCUGGAGGACUUCCUGCCCAAGGCACCCGUGCAAGACCUUAUCAUGGUUCAGCGCCUCUGUAUCACGGCGUAUCCUCGAUUGAUCAAUUAUGGCGAAGGUUACGAUGAUAUCAUUGAUAAAAAUGGGAAAGACGGCAAUAGCUUGCCAGCCGCAGCCAACAGCAAGAUGGAAGAUCAUUACAAGAAAAUGUAUGGCGGCGAAGAAGAUGUGCGCACCAUUGUGGACAUCCUGAGGGAAUACAAGCACUCCCGAGAUCCUUUAGAUCAAGACACGUUCGCGUGCAUGAUCCAUGGCUUGUUCGAUGAGUACAACCAUUAUCAAGACUAUCCCCUGGAGGCGUUGGCUACAACUGCUGUACUCUUUGGUGGCAUUAUCUCUCACAAGCUAAUAUCAGACCUACCAUUGAAGAUUGGACUUGGCAUGAUCUUAGAAGCCGUCCGAGAUCACUCACUUGACAAGCCAAUGUACAAGUUUGGUCUCCAGGCCCUGAUACAACUCUACGUCCGUUUCCAGGAGUGGCCGGGUUUUUGUAGACAAUUGCUGCAAAUACCAGGUCUUCAAGGUACCGAAGCCUUUAAGAGGGCUGAAGAUGCUGUCCAUGAUCACGAAGGAGAUGUUGUUCGCUCCCGCAAUGGGGCUGGCACACCCCUUGCGCUAGCAUUCAAAUCCGAUACUCUUGCGAAUGGUGGCUCUGAAGAGCAACCUGAGGCCGACGCGCAAGCUCCAGCUUUUACUGCAAUUGGCGUUGAUCCCAUCCCCCCUGGUAUUGAGUUUGAAGAACCAGGCGAAGAAGACCAGGGCAAGAUCCAGUUUGUGUUAAACAACAUUACUGAAGGUACUAUCCAGUCUAUGCGAAACGAGCUACGAGAGAUGCUUGAGUGCAAGCAUCAGCAGUGGUUUGCCAGUCACCUGGUGGAAGAACGUGCCAAAAUGCAGCCUAAUUAUCACCACGUUUAUCUCGAGCUUGUUACUCUCCUACAAGACAAAGCGCUAUGGGAUGAGGUUCUCCGAGAAACAUAUAUUAGCGUUUCAAGAAUGUUGAAUUCGGAAGCGACAAUGCAAAACUCUACCGAGCGAACACACCUGAAGAACUUGGGUGGUUGGCUCGGCUUGCUGACUCUGGCCAGAGAUCGCCCAAUCCGGCAUAGGAACAUUGCAUUCAAACAGCUGCUCAUCGAGGCCCACGAUACGAAGAGGCUCAUCAUUGUCAUUCCUUUCGUUUGCAAGGUCCUAACCCAGGGUGCCAAGUCUACUGUCUUUCGACCCCCGAAUCCUUGGCUUAUGGACAUCAUUCACCUGCUGAUUGAAUUAUAUCAUCAUGCCGAGUUGAAGCUUAACCUCAAAUUCGAGAUCGAGGUCCUCUGCAAGGGUUUGAACCUCGACCAUAAGAGCAUCGAGCCGUCAGGUGAAAUUCUAAAUCGGCCUGCUUUAGAGGAGUCAACAGAGGUACUAUGUCCCGAGCAACUGGAAGCAUUCGAGAAUAUAUCAUUAAACGGACUUGGGUCUUCUGUUGGCGCGGGCAUAUCAACCCAGGCCGUGGCUGCUACUAUUCCUGAUCUGGGUCCUCUGAUCACUAUUCCACCUACCAACGAAAUGGUUAUCAGUACGACACGACUGCACGAAAUUGUCCGAAACGCUAUGACCCGAGCGCUGCAAGAUAUAAUCCAGCCCGUCGUAGAUCGAUCCGUCACUAUUGCGGCGAUAUCGACGGCUCAAAUGGUUCGAAAGGACUUUGUGGCAGAACCAGAUGAGAACCGUAUGCGCGCAUCCGCGGUAAGCAUGGUCAAGGCAACCGCUGGCGGCCUCGCUUUGGUGACUUCAAAAGAGCCUUUGCGGGCCAAUUUGACCAACCACAUGCGCAACUUGUCCAACGAGGUUACAUCCGGACUUCCUGAAGGCACCAUCAUCAUGUGCGUAAACAGCAAUCUCGACCUUGCCCUCAGCAUUAUCGAAAAGCAAGCAGAGGAACGAGCUGUACCAGAAAUCGAGGAUAUGAUUGAAUCAGAUCUUGAGACCAGACGUCGACAUCGCUUGCAACACCCCAACGAGCCAUUCUUUGCAGCUACUGUGAACCGUUGGGCAAUGACUAUCCCAAAUCCAUUCAAGUUGUCUCCCACCUCGAACGGUCUGAAUCCAGAACAAAUGGCUAUUUACGAAGAUUUUGCUAGACAAUCUCGAACCACACCGGCCGCAGCGCCCUCGCACGCUACAUCAGCUUCAGACGCAACACGAACUCUGGCCAACGAAGUGCUCCAGGAGCCGUACACAAAUAUUCCAAAUAUCCCCACGCCUGCAGAGACCCCUUCAAUCCAGCAUUUGGGCACACAGAUGCAGCCUUAUGCACCAGUGCAGAGUGCUGCUGCCAAUGCCAUACCCAGUGGGCGCAAUGCGGGUUUUCAUCAGAUGGAUGUUCGGGGGUUGGCUGAUAAAGUAAACAGAUUGCUUCAGGAACUGCUGAGAGUGGCAGGCGAGGCUCCGGAGGAUCACUUUUUGGAUCUGCCCAGACCACAUAUUGUCCUCGACGUUGUUGAUGCUCUUGUUCAGUUGAUCAUCAAGACCUCUCAGAACUCGGAAGAAUUUGCCAUUUACGCCGCCGAGCAGAUCAGUGCGCUCAUCUUCCAACAAUUCGAGGAUAACCUGACGCUCGAAAGUUUGGUUCAUGUGUUGGAAACACUUAGGAAAAUUUCUGGCCAUGCUUUGAAUAGCCGUGUGCGUGCCCUAUUCAGCCAGCAGCCGGGAUCGAACUUUCUAAGCCUGCAACUCCUUGCUGCCCUUAUACGCACUGACUUGCUUGAUUGGAGAAAUAUUGAUAUGGCAAUGUCCAAGGCCAUCGAAGCUCGUAAGGAUGGCUCACUCGAAUUUCUUGAACACAUGCUUGACCUCGCAUUACUGAACAACCGCCCAAUCGCACUAUACGCCGACUUUGUUCGAACACUAGAAACGGCCUGGGCUUGGAUAUCCGAAGAUCCUAACAGUGCCGCUGGACAGAGGUUGAAGACGAAGCUGAUGGGCUCAGGACUGCCUCAACCAUCCCGUGGCCCUACAGACGCGGACACUCAGGGAACAGCCUUCCGACAAGACCAAAUGGAGUAUGUGUUUGAAGAAUGGGUCCAUCUCUGGAACAACCAGAACGCACUCGACAAAUCCACCACCGUCUUCAUUCAGCAACUGCAAGCAAAGCAGGUUAUUCGGGAUAAAAAUGACUUUUUUGUCUUCGUUCGGAUUGCCAUUGACUUGUCGGUUGAUCGAUUCGAGCAUAUUCUCCAUGCCGGUGCUAUAGGCGAUGCAUAUGUGAUGGUUGAUGCCCUUGCCAAACUUAUCAGCAUGUUCAUUAGCAUGAACGAGGAUGCGUCAACCUCUCGUGCUUCAUUCCUUGACUCUGUUUUGGUGUUGAUUACUCUAGUUCUCAACCACCAUCAUGUCAAGAGAGGCGAACAACUGAACCAGAGAGUAUUCUUCCGCUUGUUGUCAAUGUUGCUGCAUGAGGUGCACAAUGAAUCUGAGAACCUUUCAGAGCAGGAACAGCGUAACAUGAUGUUGAAGUUCGCUGCUAGAUUCAGUGACUUGGGCCCUCUUCGACUCCCUGGUUUCACUUUCGGGUGGCUCUCUCUCAUCCAACACCGGGUCUUCUUACCCGUCAUACUUCAAAUGCCGGACAAUGCUGGAUGGGGCCUCUACGCCAAUCUCGUGGUUCAGCUUCUUGACAGCCUAAGCGAACAGUUGAAGGCUUUCAACAUUUCGACCGUAUCAAAAGAAGUCUAUAGGGCAACUCUCAAACUUCUGGUUGUCCUGCAGCAUGAUUUCCCCGACUUCGUCGCGGGCAACCACGUGAGGCUUUGCGCCAGCAUUCCUCCACAUUGCACCCAGCUGCUCAACGCUGUGCUCUCGGCGAAUCCUCAACAGGGAUAUUCCAAACUGCCUGAUGGAAAAGAGGAAAUCAAGACAUAUCCUGGCUUGAUCGAAGAAGCCAAAGCAAUGUUACAAGACGGUGGGUUAUUAGAUUUGGUAGAUCAAACUCUCCAGGUUGGUCCUUCGGAAGACGUUGUUGCCCAGAUCGCGCAUGCCAUGACGCAGAGCGAGCCGCAAGAGACUGCGUAUGGGCAUAUCGGCGUUGCAGCCAACCCAUACGUCAUCGGCUCCGUUGUCAUUUAUAUCGGCAACCAAGCCGCCGAACGGCUAUCCCAGACAUCGUCAUCGAUUUCGGUUACCGGUAGCGAGCCAGAGGUAUCAACUUUGUCACUCCUCAUUCAUGAACUGGCUCCAGAGGCUAGAUACUACUUGAUUGCCAGCAUGGUGAAUCAAUUACGAUUCCCGAAUAGUCUUACAGAAUUCUUCAGCCAGGUCCUUCUCUAUAUUUUUGGGAAGGAUCUUAAUGAUCCCGAAGAGUCAGACAUUCGUCAGGAGAUUACUCGAGUGUUUCUGGAGCGACUGGUUGGAUACUGGCCUCAGCCGUGGGGUCUCAUGCUGACGGUUUUGGAACUUGUGAAGAACGAAAAGUACAUGUUCUUUGACCUUCCUUUUAUCAAAUCAACCCCAGAGGUACGCUCCGAAACAGCACUAAUCCAUUGA